AUGGCUUUAACUGAUCGCUUCUCUUUGCCUGUUGAAAUAAGCCACAUGGAAUACCCUCCUCCUGUAGCCGCCAUGUGUUACGAAGUUCUCACAGUACAGCUUCCAGUAAUUUUAUUAUUAAAAAUAUGGAAGACUCGUUCUUGUGCAGGCAUAUCCGGCAAGUCACAGAUGGCAUUUGCAGUGGUUUUUAGUGCCCGUUAUUUGGACCUUUUUACGUCAUUUAUCUCUCUCUAUAACUCCGUUGCAAAGGUCGUUUUUAUUGUGUCUUCCUACGCCACCCUGUAUUUUAUGUACUUCAAGUUUCGUGCUACAUACGACAGCAACCAUGACACGUUCCGACUAGAGCUUCUGGUUAUUCCAUGUGCCAUUCUUGCUCUUAUAAUAAACCACCAAUUUUCCGUUUUUGAGAUCCUUUGGACAUUCUCAAUCUACCUGGAGUCUGUCGCCAUUCUUCCUCAACUUUUUUUAAUCUCCAAAACGGGUGAAGCUGAAACUAUUACAUCGCAUUAUUUGUUUGCUCUCGGAUCUUACAGGGCACUUUAUAUUUUUAAUUGGGUCUACCGUUACUUGUUUGAGGGGUACUUUGACUACAUUGCCGUUGCUGCCGGCGUCAUCCAGACUCUGCUCUAUCUCGACUUCUUCUACUUAUACGUUACUCGCGGUAGUGCUCAAAGGACGGAAGCUCAGUUUGCCGGCUUGAAUCGUUGCCAUUUUAUUUGCAGCUUGCUUUCUAUGAACAAUCUUAUUGUAAUUAUCUCGCACCUGGUUAUUCCUUCGUCCUGUCUCUUUGAGUAUGAAGACACGGCCUAA